AUGGAUUCCUAUCGUCCUCGCGGCGGCGGCGACGGUGACUAUCGCCCGCGACCAGGACCUGAUUAUGGCAAUGGAGAUUCUUAUCGUCCUGGCUGGCGCGAUGACAGCUUCAGACCCCCACCACGCGAUGCCAAUGAAUCUAACGGAAUGUACUAUUUUCGAGGAUCUCGGGAUGAAGACUUCCGGCGGAGAGAACCGUACCGUUCUAGACAAAGAGAGCCUUUCAGGCGGAACGCACCUCACCGAGGCGAUCAUUUUCGACAUCCCAAAGUGGCCGAGCGACCGCUACUGAGGCUCGCACACCGGCAAGAAGACUCCUCUCUAAUCGAUCCGAAUGCAGAUUUCAAGUUCCGCAACGUCGAAGAUCUCACUGACAGUGAAGAGGAGGCUAUGGCUGUUUCUGACAACGAGGAGCCUGCAAGGUCUACAAAGCGAGCACGUCUUGAGGAUGACGAUGCAAUCGCAGAGUCUUCAAAGGCUAGAUGGUCAAAUCCUGACCCCUACACUGCUCUGCCGCCUCCGAGUGAAGCAGCUGCCAAGCGGACUGAUGUACUCAGACUCAUACGGAAGGCGCGCAUCGACGCGAACCUCCGUUCGGAAAGUGCUUCUGAACAAGCAGACUUCAUUUCGUUCGACAUGGAUGACACUGAGACCUCCGUCCCCGAAAGUCUUCCAACGCUACCCGUUAUGGGUGCCGCCUCUUCUCAGCCUGUAGCGCCAGUCCAGCCGUCAGCCGUCCCAGUCCAGGCACCAGGUGUUGUCGACGAUGGUGUCCUCGGGAAGAGAAAGAGAGGAGAUGAUAUUGGCAAGCACACUGGAAAAUCACAGAUGCCCGCUUCAUAUUAUGGUGAUCGAUUUGUACGGAAAGAGUGGUAUAAGUCCGCAAGCACGUCAUCCACACCGUGGCUGUCGACAGAAAGCUCGUCAGACCUUGCCGGAGUAGCCCUCCACAAAGAGAUCAUUGACUUCUACAACUGGGUCAAACCGAAGCCCUAUGAACAGGAAGUUCGUGAUGAGGUUUUCCAGCGCUUGCGUCGAGAAUUUCGGCGUUGCGGACCCCCAGGCGAUCUUUAUGCCUUCGGUUCGUAUGCUGCUGGCCUCUACCUGCCCACGGGCGAUAUGGAUAUCGUGUAUAUCACAUCGACCAUGAGACCAGGGGCACCUCCAAGUCGAGAGGCAGCUCGUCCACUUAUACGAAGAUUCCACGACUUUUUGAGGAGCCAGAGAAUUGCCAAACCUGGAAGUAUUCUGGCGAUUCUCGGAGCGAAGGUACCACUUCUGAAAUUCGUUGAUAGAAUCAGCGGAUUGAAAAUCGAUCUUUCUUUCGAUAACGAUAGUGGCAUCACCGCCAUUGAGACAUUUCAUCGGUGGAAGAAUGCCUAUCCAGCAAUGCCUAUCAUUGUGUCUAUUGUCAAACAAUACUUAAUGAUGCGUGGUCUCAAUGAUGUAUCCACUGGUGGACUGGGUGGUUUCUCCACCAUUUGCCUGGUGACGAGUCUUCUUCAGCACUUGCCUGUCUUGACAGAACCGUUAAAUCUCGGCGAGGUGCUGCUGGAGUUUUUCAACCUCUACGGGAAUAUUUUUGACAGACGUGACACUGCCAUCCGAAUGGAACCGCCUGCAUAUUUGGACAAGAGCACCUACCUGCCUCAGCUGCUUAAAAAAGAUAAGUCUGACUCCCGACUCACCAUCAUCGACCCCAACCGGCCAGAUAACAACAUUUCGGGCGGAACGAACCAGAUUGCCGAUAUUACCAGAUGUUUUUCAUCAGCACAUCAAGCGCUCCUAGGACGGCUCGACAUGUACGACAUGCAGUACCCGAAAAGCUCUCCUGUUAGCUUUCUGGAGUGUCUAUUAGGAGGCAAUUUUUCUUCGUAUGAAUCGCAGAGAAAGAUACUCUACGACUUGAGUCUGAAGCUUCUUCCGCCACCGAGUUCGUUGACAUCGUACUCGUCCAAAGCAGAAACUACCAAGUCAAACACAUCUGCAUCUCUACCGGCUCCGCCAAGUCAUCCCCUGCCACAGAAGCCUCAUUGGGAAACACAAUCAGCGGGGAACCUAGGAUCCGGAUCAGCUGCCCAGCAGAGUGCCUUGAACGGCAACAACGAAAAUAUGCCCAACGGAGAGGUGGAAAAAGAUGAAUCGAAACUGUCGAGUAGUGAGAAGCGAGCUUUACGGUUCAAGCGAUUGCGUCCAGACUUGGCCUCCUCGGUUGGUCGCACUUUGGGGCCAGCGCAGGCUAUGAGCCUCGGGGGUUAUCUGUCCAAAGACGCCAUGCAUAAGGACCUCAACACUCGCGAACUUGCAUUGAACAGUAAGAAGAAAUGA